AUGUAAGGAUGGAUGUGGACCAAUGGCUAUAGGGACACAGUGGGAGGCUCAUCCAGGACUCAGGGUCACAAGAGGUGACCACCUGUGGAACCAGCAGUUGCUCUAUAAAUAUUUAGAAAAGUCCAUGGCAAGGAGACUCUUCAGGAUCCAACCAUCAUGGAGGGAAUGUGUACCUGGGAAGGUGCUCAGAGGCUACUCACCUUCUGCCAUCCUGAAUGCUAUUACUGCUCAAGGUCCAGCCUACUUUGAAGCAUGAGUUCCUACCAGCAGAAGCAGCCCUGCAUCCCACCCCACGAGCCUCAGAAGCAGCAGGUGAAACAGCCCUGCCAGCCUCCACCCCAGGAACCAUGUGUCCCUGAAACCAAGGAGACAUGCCACACCAAAGUGCCAGAGCCCUGUCACCCCAAGGUUCCUGAGCCAUGCCAACCCAAGGUUCCAGAGCCCGGCCACCCCAAAGUUCCAGAGCCCGGCCACCCCAAAGUUCCAGAGCCCAGCCACCCCAAAGUUCCAGAGCCUGGCCACCCCAAAGUUCCAGAGCCCGGCCACCCCAAAGUUCCAGAGCCCGGCCACCCCAAAGUUCCAGAGCCCGGCCACCCCAAAGUUCCAGAGCCCGGCCACCCCAAAGUUCCAGAGCCAUGUCCUUCACCAGUUAUCCCAGGGACGGCUCAGCAGAAGACCAAGCAGAAGUAAUGUGGUCCACAGCCAAGCCUUUGAGGAGCCAACCACCAGAUGCUGAAUCUCCUCUCCCAUUCUACUUCUGCAUCCCAUUUGCAAUUAACGUGCUGUCACCCUGAGUCAUAACCCCUCCCUCUUUGCACCCUCUAAAAAAGUUUUCCUCACACUCAGUCUGGAGGGCUCCUGAGCCUUUG